UCUUCAAUCAGAUGAUUCCAUCAUCAGUUUCCGAUUUUACGUAAAUCGGCACGGCGUUUCGUCGCGUUCGUUUGUCCUUCCCAAAGUGUGUCACCGUUUCGAAUCAAAUUCCCACCCGCGAGUGAAACUUGCCACCACUUGGUGGUGCGUCUAUGAAUUCCCUCAAUUUGUUCCGCCGAACACUGACGACAUCGAUUGGCGGCAUAUCUAGGUCAUCAUCAUCGUCAUCGUCGCCAGUGUCGUUGAUUCGCGAAUUUUGCCCUCGUCGUCAUUUGAAGGCCGUUCCGUCAAACGUCAAAGUCGACAGCAGUUUCGGGAGUGCUUUCGGUGCGCGAACAUCUUCGUCUUGGGCUUCGGUCAGCAGCAGGUCAAGUGCGCCCUCAAUCAAUCGACGAAUACUUCCGGUGGCAAUAAUCGGCAAGCGAACGAUGACGAGUUCCGACAAACCAAAGAUUGUGUUCGUGCUGGGGGCACCCGGCGCUGGCAAGGGAACCCAGUGCGAAAAGAUCGUGGAAACGUUCGGCUUCACGCAUCUGUCCGCUGGGGAUCUGCUGCGGGAGGAACGGAAACGGGAGGGGUCCGAGUACGGGGCCCUCAUCGAGGACAACAUCAAGAACGGGCGGAUCGUUCCGGUGGAGAUUACCUGUGCCCUGCUCGAGAACGCCAUGAUCAAGACCAAGGAGGCCACCGGCAACGACAAGUUCCUGAUCGACGGUUUCCCCCGGAACGAGGACAACCUGCAGGGCUGGAACCGCAAGAUGGCCGACAAGGUCCAGCUGCUGUUCGUGCUGUUCUUCGAGUGCUCCGAGGAUCAGUGCGUGCAGCGGUGCCUGAAGCGGGGCGAGAGCAGUGGCCGCUCGGACGACAACCUGGAGAGCCUGAAGAAGCGCUUCAACACCUACAUCAACGACACGAUGCCCAUCAUCGAGCACUACCGGAAGCAGGAUCUGGUGAAACCCAUCGACGCUGCCCCCGCUCCGGACGAUGUAUUUGAAGCCGUGAAAGCCGCCUUCCAGGGGUCGUAUUAGGAAGCUUCCUGCUGGGACAUCGGAGGGGUAAGCAGUGACGGUUAUCCAUUUUACGUUUCAUACUUUAAGGCAGAUAUAAUAGCAAAAUGGCAAAGCGUUGUUCUAAUCGAGUCAUUCCGUACAGUUUGAAUCUUGGAUUUGCAAAACCAAAUCGUUACUAAGCCCAUAGCACUUGGAUUCCGUAAUCCUACUAGCAACCAAAAAAAAAUCUUGCGUAUAUGCAACAUAUAUCUAGGAAAAUCAUUGUCGAACAUCGCAAAGAGAUGUGUUUAGUAUUUAUGUGUGAAUGAAAUGUUAAAGCUUGCUUCACGCCAGUUGAGUAUUAGCAGGGAUUCCUCGUUGGGAUGGGUUUGUAGCUCGAAUACCUAGACAAUUCUAGCUUCGUGGAAUGGACUGACCGUUAAGUUAAGUGGAAAUCAAGGUCGAAUAAAUUCAGUCAGCAUUUUACAUGGGUUGAGCAAUCGA